AUGAGCAACGAGCCGCUUCUCCCCACCUACUCGCCGCAAGCAGCCCGGCCGGCACCACCAGCCGCUGCCGCCGCGAUCAGCAACACCCUCAGCAACGCGUCCAGCCACGCGCUUAGCCACGCGCUUAGUAACGCGUCUAGCGACGCGGCAUCGGAGCACCUGCAAUACGACGACGAAAGCCGCCAUGUCCCCGUGUCUUCCGGCGGCAACGGCGGGGACGUCGCGGUGCCGAUUAACCGUCUCACUAGCGUCGAGUGGGCGGAAAUGGGGGCGCUGGUAGCGGAAACCACGCCGGAGUGCGCUGACGCUGGCGAUGAGCGGGCUGCUCUUCCCGAACCUGCUCCACGCGACGGGCACGGAGCUCCACGAGAAGGCCGCAUCCUGCUCCCCUAUAUCCCCUCCUCAUUUUCAUUCUCCCCUCCUUGUUCCCCAGGCGCUCUCAUGCUCGCGAUGAGCGGGCUGCUCUUCCCGAACCUGCUCCACGCGACGGGCACGGAGCUCCACGAGAACGACUCGGAGCUCGCGCUCUCGCGCCUCGCCGCCGUGCUCAUGCUCGUCGCGUACUUCGCCUACAUCUACUUCCAGCUCUUCACACAUAAAGACCUAUUUGAAGGCGGCCCGGACGGCGACGGCGGCGCGGACGGCGACGCGGAGGGGGGAGGGGAGGCGGAGGAGGAGGAGGAGCAUUCGGUGCUGGGGUUUUGGGGCGGCGUGUUUUGGCUCGCGCUGGUGUCGGCGUUAAUUAGUGUGAUUAGUGACUAUUUGGUGAACAGCGUGGAUGGCGCUGCGGAGGAGUGGAACGUGCCUGUAUCGGGGCUGUGCGUGGUGGUGCUGCCGCUCGUUAAUAACGUGACUGAGCACACGUCCGCCAUUCUCUUCGGAAUCCGCAACAAGCUAGACGUCUCGCUCUCCAUCGCGGUCGGGUCGUCCAUCCAGCUGGCCAUGUUCCUCAUCCCGCUCGCCGUCCUCGGCGGGUGGGCAAUGGACGUCCCCAUGGACCUCAACUUCCACCGCUUCGAGACCUGCACGCUCUUCAUCACCGUCCUCGCGACCGUGCUCACGCUGCAUGAGGGCUCGGCGAAUUGGCUCAAGGGAUUCAUGUUCGUGCUCAUGUAUCUCAUUCUUGCCGCGACGUUCUUCAAUCAUAAAGAGGAUUAUUUGGAGCCGCAAGCAGCAGCAGCGGUCGCAGAUGCUGCCGCGGGGGCCGCCGCCGCCGCCGCAGCAGCAGCAGGAGGCGUGCAGACCAUUGCGUCGCCGGUGGUUUUGUAA